UAUGAAUCACUGUAUUUCUCUGCAACUAAAACAUAACUACACUUCAAUAAGAAAAAAUAUAUUUUUUUUUAGGUGCGGGACUGCAUUCAGAAAACAUUGACUGAAUGGAGCUCAAAGAUAGGACAAGAUCUGAAACAGGAAAUGCUGGAGGUUCUGGAAUGUACUGUAGCUCAAGCUGUAGAAAAAAUGAAUCCUGAUGAAAGGGAUGAGUUGAAAGUAUCAGCAAAACUUUUCAUCGUUGGAUCAAACUCUUCAUCAGUCAGAGAUGCAGUUGACAUGGCAUGUUCAGCCCUUGGAGUUGCUCAGUUAGAUUCAGUCAUUAUUGCCCCACCUCCUAUUGAAGAUGGAACUAGCCUCUCCUUGGAGUAUUUGCAACCUUAUUGGCAAGAACUUGAAACUCUAGUUCAAAACAAAAAGAUUGUUGCCAUAGGAACCUCUGACCUUGAUAAAGCAUUGUUAGAGCAGCUGUAUGUGUGGGCACAGGUGAAACCAAGUAGUAAUCAGGUGAACCUAGCUUCCUGUUGUGUGAUGCCACCUGAUCUCACAGCAUUUGCAAAGCAGUUUGACAUACAGCUGCUAACUCACAAUGACCCAAAAGAAUUACUUUGUGAAGCAAGUUUCCAAGAAGUUCUUCGGGAAAGCAUCCAGAACGUCAAAGCACACGAAUGGAUUCCUUUAUGGAUUCUCCGAUAUUCAGUCAUUGUUAAAAGCAGAGGAAUUAUCAAGUCCAAAGGCUAUAUCAUGCAAGCUAAAAGAAAUGCCUCUUAAAACACUCAUCUUUUUUUUCUUCUUUGAAAUGGCCUACUGUUUUAAUUUCUUGGGGAGGGGGGAACACUGUUUUUUCCUAGAGAGGUUUUUACAGCAUUUAUAGCAAAGACCAAAAGUUGUAAUUAUUCAGUGUGAUGUUAGCAGGAGUGUCUGCAGUGUUCUAACACUCUUUUUCUUUCUUAACCUAUUAACCAGUUCAUUAAAAAUAUGAAAUAUUUUGGGUUUGUUGUUUGUAAUUGAAAUGAUCUAUAAGAAACAGUCUAAAAUAUUUCUUUGUAUGACCAGUUCACUGUAAAAGUUAUCAUAUUUUAGCUACCAUUAGGUAGUAUAGAGAAACAUAUAUUUUUAAAAUUUAAUUUCUAUUAAAUAGUAGUUACUGAUAUGGUAGGUACCUAGCUUUAAAGCAUUCAAGGACUAGUUUUUAUAGAAAAUUGUCAUAUUUCAUGAAAAAAUAUCCCGAAAAAAUAAACUAUCUUGUUACUUGGUGUGUAUGUACAGGUAAAUCAGCUAUUUAAUUAGUGUGGGUGGGAAAAUUGGUUUAUUUUUAAUACUGUGUAAGAGACCUCUGAUUUAGAAGAAAUGCAUCUUCCAAAUUACUUUCUAUUACUUGAAUUCCUUCUGGCUUCUUUGUGCCUUUGUGUUCUAGUGUUUGCACAAGUGAUGACAUCUUUACAGUUUGAAAUAGAAAAUGUUUUAUUGUGUGAGUGUUUAAAAUAAGAACUGGAAACAAAUGAUGAGAAAUCUGCUAAUCAGAAUUCAAAUUGUA